AUGGCCAGUCAUGCUGCCAUCACCUUUUCUCCGCGUUAUUCUAGUAUUUCUACACCUCACUCUAGUUACAAAUCUGUGGACAGCUCUGCAGGAGGUGUGAGUGUGUUGUGUAAAACACAAGAGGGACACAUGUGGACGGUGUUCCUGGUCCGCCAGCGCGAGACUACACAAGUGAACUUCACCAGGACCUGGCAUGACUACAAGACUGGCUUCGGUGACCCAAGUGGAGAAUAUUGGCUGGGCAAUGACAACCUUCACGCUCUGACCAGCGGAGGUCAUCGUUAUAGGUUCAGGGUGAUCGCUACCAACCUUCUAGGAGAACAACGAUCUGCAGUGUGGGAGACGUUUAGUGUUGCUAACGAAGCCAGCAAGUACAGAGUGACACUGGGAGGCUACAGCAGCACUAGCACCCUGGGUGACGCACUCACCAGUCAACACACCUGGGCGCUGAUGGACGGUAUGAGCUUCACCACUGUGGACCGUGAUCACGACACUUGGUCAGAUGGUAAAUGUUCACGUGCUUACUACAGAGUUACUUGUACUUACUGUGACCUUCACUAUCAAGAAGCUGAGUAUGAGAGUUAUGCUGGAGCACCACCUGGAGCAUCACCUUGGUCAUUAUUGGAUGAUACAGGUAAUAUUAGGAUAACGAAUAAAAGAGCAGCUUCCAAAAAGCUUGUGGAUAACGCAUCUCCUGCUGAUGAAACUCCUAGUUCAUCCACAUGUAUUACUGAUGACAAGGAUGUGUUUUAG